AUGUCAAAAUCAGAAUUGUCGGAUAUCUCCGACGCGAACGAAGCAGCCGCAGCACCCACCAAGCCGACAUUAUGGAAGCGCUUCAAGACGCACAUGAAAAGAUUCUGGUGGGCGUAUUUAAUUGGGUUCUGCUGCGCUAUUCUGGUAAUCAUCCUUCCCAUCUUUUAUGUCGGAAUCCCCAAUUUUGCCAACGAUUAUAUCAAUAAAUACGAGUAUGACUAUGAUGGUCUCCGAAUCACGAAUCCUCGGCCUACUGCCUUCCAUGUAAAGCAAUCGAAAAGUCUUAGUAUGGGGGGUGGAUUUAGUGGCAGUGGUCAUUUGACUGCAUUUAAUGCCACUAUUCGAACCAAAGACACCGAUGAGGUCUUCGCGGUAUUCCCGGUGCCUGAAAUUGAAUUCAGCAAUGGCGCCAGCUUUGAUAUUGAUCAAGACUUGGACCUUUCUUGUGUUGAAUGCUUGUCAUCGCUGGCUACUUCAGCCGCCUCUAGCCAGAAUUCUUCUCUGUUGGUUACCGGUACACCGGAUCUUAAGUUUGGAGGUCUACCGACUGCUCAUAUGAACAUUCAUAAGAUUAUGAACGUGGGUGGUUAUAAUGUUACGGAAUUUAUCAACGCCGACGGUGCUUUCAAUGUUACGAGGGUGGACAUUUUAGAUGAACCAGUGAACGGGUUUAAUUUCAAUGCUACCAUUUCUGUUCGCAAUCCUAGCCCCUACAUCGUCGAGCUGGGACAUGUGACAUUCAAUCUGUCUAUGGGUGGCUCAGACUUGGGCUACGUUGAUCUUCCUUAUCUAUUUUUGGACAAGAACGGCACCACUACUGAUGUGCUUGGCUCGAUCGAUAAGUCAAUGCUGAUUCACGAGGCCGUGUUGGGUGACGAUGAUUUUGGAGUGGUGACCAUUGAUGUCAAGGGAAACAGCUGCGACUUCAAUGGAAACGAUAUACCCUAUUUUGCUGCGGCGAUCAAGGCUGUCUCUGCGUCUGCAAGGCUUGAUCUACUGAAAUAUGCAUCGAGUCUAUUCUCUGAUUCAUAG